UUUUUCACCGCCAUACCAUCUGUCAAUGUGACUAGCAAUAAUUUUAGACAUUUUUGUAGAAAAAAAUCUUAGUUUUUAUCGACAAUUCAGUUACAAAUAUCCAGGCAAUCGCAUACAAAGUACGUGAACGAAUCGAAAUAAUUUGAAAUAAAUUUGUUAUCAUUACCGCAAAUCGCCUCUGUUUAGAAAUGUCUCAACCAAUGGAUGAACAAACAACACCACAGAAAUUAUUUGGAGGAUGUGAGGGUCCUGAUGCUAUGUAUGUUAAGCUUAUAUCAUCAGAUGGACACGAAUUUAUUGUUAAGCGUGAGCAUGCAUUGACAUCGGGCACCAUAAAGGCUAUGCUGUCCGGUCCCGGCCAAUUUGCUGAAAAUGAAGCCAACGAAGUGAAUUUUAGGGAAAUUCCAUCUCAUGUGUUGAAGAAAGUCUGCAUGUACUUCACAUAUAAGGUGCGCUACACAAACAGCUCUACCGAAAUUCCAGAAUUUCCAAUUGCACCCGAAAUCGCCUUGGAAUUGCUGAUGGCCGCUAAUUUUUUGGACUGUUAAUUUUGUCAUCAAAUUGGAAAAAACUCAAAACAAAAACAAAAAAAAUCCCCCAAGAAUGCUGUGGUGUAUAAUAUUUUAUUAAAUUAAUUUUUCUUUUUAUUAAUUAUUUUCUCGUUUAAUGACUGAACGUGUGCAAAUGUGGUUACACGAAAUGUUGCAUGAAAGUUUUUUUUUUUUUAGAGAGCAAUCAACUAAAUAUUUUGUAAAAUGCAGAGAGAGAAACUUAAAAGUUUUGGCUUUUGGUCAGAGAAUUUUUUUUAAUUAUUAUUUCCUUCAGAAAAAACCGUUAUUUGUGCGCCUUGAAUAUUUUUUAGAAAAAAAAGAGAACUCAAUUAACUCCUACAGGAAAUUGUGAUCAGAUCUGAAGAGCAACUAAACUUAACUUUUAUGUAACUCG